GUUGAUAACUAAUGUCCUCUCCAAUGUCUAACUUAGUAGACGUCCACGGUCAGAUAGCCUCUAUAAUGGAGGUCUUGGCCAACGCAGCAGUGUCAGAAAUCUGUAAAGUAGUGGAUGAUGGCUACGCAGUGUUGCGCCUUGAAAUUUCGAAGAGUCAAAACGAGAUCGACUCCCUGAAGAAAAAACUGCACAUGACGAGACUUCGUUGUCGGCGCGUAUGCUCGGAAAGGCACGGGACACAGGGAUAUGGUUUAGGAAGGUUGUCUUCACCUGCUGGUAUCCACAUGCGGGCCAAAACAUUCCACUCCAUUCAAAGAUUCCAGAAUAACAAUUCAACACCAGGAGUGGAACAUGGUUCUGUCUCACAAAAUCAGGAUACCAGUCAGAAGAGGCCCUUGCACAGAAAUCUAAAUACUCAUGGCCAGCAGCAGCCAACAGGUGCAAACAAAGAACAGGCAACAGUCAAGACUGAAGAUAACACUGCCGAUUAUACCACAUCUUGUCUAUCAAGAGAAAAUGUUAUGACCGAUGACUACAAUGAGGGCUGUGACAAUUCCUCCGAAGAAGUCAGGACGGCAGAGACAAGGCCCCUUCUGAAAUCAGACUCCGACAAGACCAGUCACCCUCAACCUCAGGCCCACACGUUAAAGCACAACAGAGAGGCAGAGAAACAAACAGAAGAUGAUCCCCAGUUCAGGACUUGGCAGGAAGCUGGUCAGUUAUUAGACGAUCCUUUAGCGUGGGCCCAGGAACAGAGAAAGUCAGGCGCUAACACUAACACAUCUAAUGCAGAUGUGGAUCAUGGGACUUUCUCCAGAAAUAAGGGCACUUCUGAGAGUGCCACAAACUGUCUGCUCUCGGCUGGUUCCAUUGACUGGGAGCCAGAUCUGGUGCUGGUUGAUUCAGUGCCCAUUAAAGUAGAGACAGACAUGACCUCAGACUGGAACAUAACUGAACAUGGGAAUAUAAUCAGUAACAGCACAAGUGCCUCCAAUGUAACAUGUCCUCCCUUGAAUCACAGAGGUGAAAUGCCCACCACAUCACCUUGUCACCUGACUCAAGCUCAACCGGCACACCAGGCUGAGAGGUCCCAGCAGCUUGGCCGGGCUUCAUUAGGCAACACAGGCAACCCACCUUUUCGUUGCAUGUCGUGUGGGAAAGUCUUUCUCCAGAUGGCGCACCUCAAGCGACACGAGCGUGUGCACACGGGCGAAAAGCCGUUUGGCUGCGUCCGCUGUGGAAAACGCUUCUCGCACCGCCACCAGCUCACAAACCAUGUGCGUGUGCACACAGGAGAGAAGCCCUUCCGCUGCAUCCACUGCGGCCGCCACUUCACACAGUCCAGCCACAUGAAGAGGCAUCUAAGCACCCACACGGGCCAGACGCGGUCCCACAGCUGCGCCGGCUGUGGCAGAUGGUACACUACACAGGGCAGCCUCAUCAGGCACCAGAGGUCCGGCUGCAGUUUCGGGAGCUAGCAGUGUUCCACCACCAGUUUGUUAAUUUCCGCUGCAACUCUAGCUCAGCUCUAUUCUCUAGCCGUAGGCUUGCGUUCAAGAGACAGUCCAUGAUUCUGGAGAAGGAUUGUUGAUAUUUGAGUCCAGCUGUCCAAAAAAUGUUUAGAGCUGUGUAUGAAUACCAGAGGCUUUUUAAAUGCACACACAGUGCCAUCAGCCAUCACCAAGCUUUUUGCUGGCUCGAAUUUUACAAUAUGCUUAAUUUUACAAUAUGUUUAUCCAGUUGGGCUUGUGGACUUAACCCCCCUUCCAAAAAAGUUGUGAUGCUGUGUAAAAUGUAAGUAAUAUUAGAAUGCUAUAAUUUUCAAAAUGUGUAGCCUAAAUCAUAUGUUUAAUUGAAAAUAGUGCAAAGACAACAUCAAUUCUAUUGAUUUUUUGGAACAUUUAUGGCCAUUCUCAAAUUGAUGCCAAUUUUUUUUUUUUUUUUUUAAUUAAGUUGGGACAGGGGCAUAUUUACCAUGUGUUGCAUCACUGCCUCUUUUAGCAUCAUUUUCUGAACGUGGGGAACCGAGGAGACUAGUUAUUUCAGUUUUGAGUGAGAUGUCAUUCCAGUCUUUCACAAUAUUUCAGAAGCUCAACAGUCUGAGGUCUUCUUAUUAGUGCUUUCCAUUCCAAUAUACACCAAGAGUGAAGGGACCGGACUGCAAACUAUGGAGCGAUAACUGUUGAAAUGUGUGCAAAAUGCAGUUUGGCAUGAAAUAUUCUUACCACAGGACCGUGUUCUAUAUUGGCUCAAUUGAUCUUCAUGGGUCUCGGCUCCAAAAAAAAGAUGGUGGAACUUCUGGAUCCUCUUUACAUACAGAGUUUUCAUCAGCAUGUGUUGAUAGAGCGUCAAACUGUGUUUGUAGACAAUGAUUACCAGAAGUCUUCCUGAGCCAAUGCAGUGAUUUGAAUUGCAGUUUUUGUUAAUACAGUGCCAUCUAUUCAUCAGUGAUGAAUACAUCCACAUCUUUACUUCUGAGAGACUCUACCACUCUGAUAUGCUUUUUUUUAUAACCAAUGAUGGUGCUAGUUAACCUAGCUGUGAAAUGUUCUUCCUUGUUUUUUCUAGCCUUACGCAACUUUUCCAGCCUUUUGUUCUAUUUUUUUAUAUAUAUAUAUUAUGUGUUGCUGACAUCAAAUUCAAAAUGAGCGUAUAUAUUUUUCAGACUUGUGAAAUUGGUCUAUAGGGCUCGGGAACAAGCCUUGCAUUCUAGGAAUAGCCGCCAUAUUGGUAGCGCACCGAGCGUAAUAUCCAUUCAUUCAGAUGCAGAAGACAAGAAGCAGAAAUGUAGUAUUAGCAAUUCUUUUCCUCUUGCGAUCAUGGGUGGUGCUGUUACACCCCACUACACAGCAACAUACGACCAAGAAGGCAAAAACUAAGUAACAGGAACACACUAAUAUAGGCGGGAGUAAAUCCAUAGUAAUCCAUAGUAAACUUAGGAGUGAAGCUGCCAAUAUGGCUGCGCCCGCGAAGUUUUCACGUCAUGAUCCCGAGCCCUAUUGCAACAUGCAACAUAGUCUAAACAUGGAUGCAAAUGAUUUGCAAGUUGACAUAUGCUGUUUUUAUUUACAUUUUACACAGCGUGCCAGCGUUUUUGGAAAUGGGGUUUCAAAUGUAUGAGGUUACGAAGUUGGAGAGUUUUUCUAUAAAGUGGCUGCAACAAUAUAGAACUUGUGUAGAGAUGUACUUGAAGUGUUUUUGCUGAUGAGAUUUUUGAAAUGUGGAGACCUUUUUUGAGAUCUAUGAGAGACCUUUUCCCUCAUGAUAGUAAGCCUUUUUUCAGUGUACAUUUUUUUAAAGGAGUGGGUGUUGCUUAGUUAAGCAAGACAUUUGUGUAAAUAGAAGUAGUGUUCUCUCUAUCCUUUUCUCCAUAGAUGUCACAAGUUGAUAAAGAUCAUUAAAAUGUUGCUAUCGUUGAAUUGA